AUGUCUGUCACGUUCCACACCGAUAUCGGCGAUCUCAAGAUCGAGGUCUUCUGCGACAGCGUCCCGAAAACAGCGGAGAAUUUCCUCGCUCUCUGCGCCUCAUCCGCCUACGACGGCUCCCCGUUCCACCGCAUCAUCCCCUCCUUCAUCGCACAAACCGGCUCCCCCGCCACCGACCCCAAAUCCAAGUCCUCCCGCAGCAUCCACGCCGCCCCCCACGACCCCUCCGACUCCGGCUUCUUUGCCGACGAGAUCCGCCCGGCCCUGCGCCACAACGCCCGGGGGAUCGUCUCCAUGGCGAACAAAGGCCCCAACACGAACGGUAGCCAGUUCUUCGUCUGCUUCGCGGCGGCGCCGCAUUUGGAUGGCAAGAAUACGGUGUUUGGGCGGGUGAUCGAUGGGGGGGAGACGCUGGAUCGGUUGGAGGAGGUGAAGGUUGAUGGGAAGGGGAGGCCGGCGGAGCGGGUGACGGUGAAGAAUGUUACAGUUCAUGCGAAUCCGCUGGCGUGA